GAAAAGAAGUGCAUCGGGAGAGAGGCGGCGCGCAAAUGACGCAGUCACAACGUGCCCUUCAACGUGCGCUACGGAACGACGUGACCGAGCACGCACGGGCGGGAGGCGGCGUUUCUGAGUGACGCUCUCUCGCUGCCGGACAGGAGGAAGCGCUGAGCAGACUCUGCAAACUCUCACGCAGUUGAGCGCGAGACUCGCGCAAUUGACACUUUUCACACGCCCUCACGCCAUGCAUCACUUUUCUUCUCACGCAUUGGAAAAACUAAACUAAACGUUGUUCUUUCACGCGAUUACACUCCACCCACCCAGCUGAUGCGACACCGGCGGACGCUGUGACGGGAAUCAAGCAAGCCCGCCUUCGCGCAGUGAGUGGCAGACGGUGAUCGCGUGACGUCGCUUGGUAGAGUUUUGCGAUAUAAAAACAUUAUAUGUAUGAUCUGAAGCGCAGCCUUGCUCUGUUGGGAACGUGAGCUGCACAGAGCUGCUGAAGUUAACAUGUGUGUGUGUGUGUGAGUCACCUUUGACCCCCCAACUAUGGUGAUGCAGCAGCUCUGCACAUUAGAGCACCUGAUGAAUUCAGGGUUUGGCCGCCCUUUCCCACGACACGGCCUUCAGCUCCUGUUUUGGUUUGCCAACCACUGUGUCACUUGGGAACUCAUUAACUGUGUGGUCAUUAUGAAGCUGGUGUCAGAUUGUCAACCAGAGAAUGGCGUCUACGGCUUCCACCGGUUUGGUAAUAUUGAGGAACUUCUGCCUGUACUGGACAGGCCCAGGAAGAGCAAGAGUAAGAGAAAGCUUGCAUACUUUGAAGUUGGCAACCUGAACACAGAGACCUAUCCAGCUUCUGCAAACCUCCCAACAUAUGUGAGGGAAAAUUACGGACUGUAUGGUAACUGUAGUAAUUACAACAUAGACCGCAUCAUCAUCAGUUACCAGGUGAGAACCAGGGUGGUGGAGAUGGUGUAUGUCACCGAGCACGACGGAGCUGCCUUUGGGAGGUUCAGUCCUGACAGGACUUAUGAAAUCAGCUCUGAACUGAUUCAAACCUUGCAGAGCCUGCAGCUAGAUCUCGACACGUUUCUCACCCACAUUGGCUACUGGGGAGACCUACAGGUGGUUCAGUCUAACCACAUAGAAGAGAUACACCACCCAGAACCUUCAGCCCAGCAAAUGUUCAACAUGGUGCAGACCUACAGUGGAUGUACAGCAAGAACAGAGCAAAGAAAUGACUUACGAUUCUUCUCAGAAGCCUUCAACCAGCAGCUAGAUGUCAACAUGGAGCCCUUCGGCUAUGACCAGCAAGUGCAAUACGUCUUUAAUGUGACCUCACACAACAGUGGACUUGUGGCUAACUACAGUGAAGUGCAAUAUAAACACAUGUGGCCUGAAGCCAGAGAUUUGAGGCCAAGUUAUUGGCUGUCCGGCUGGAAGAAUCCUUAUAGAGGUUUUGAUGAAGAACCCAAGAAAAGGAACGGAGGUGGCGGCUUCAGCUUGUUCAAAAUUCUCCUCAGUGCUGGAGUGCUCUACUUGGCAGCCAAAUGUUUCGGCUGGCUGAGGAACUGCUGCAAGGUGGACUUAAAUGAAAACGUCCUCAAGAUGAUACCAUGGAGGACUCCAAGUUAUCAGCAGACACACAUCAUGCUGGAUUAUGUGUACUAGCAUUUUAGGGUGCAUACGUUUGUAAUGGUAACAUAUAUUGGAGUCCUGAUAUUCUAUACAUUGCAUUGUAAUUUUAAUGUAAUGAUCUUCUAAAGAUCAGAUCUAAAGGUGUAACGUCUCGAUUAACCCGUACUACGAAAAGGUGGAUAGGUGUUACCCGAGGUCUGUUGCCAUGGCAAUUUAUACUGCACCUCUAAACUGCACCGAGCAGGUUAGUUAACUCGAGGUUACGCUGUAUACGUGGACUGCACACCACAUCUGUACUCUGUGUCAAUGAUCAGAAGUAGGUUAUUAACACACACCACACAGUAAAAUCAGCAUACCCAAAUUAAAUCAAAUCCAAAAUGCUUUUGGACACCGAUAUCGUCCUACGGAGACUGGCUGAAGCACCAAAGCCUUGUAGGCGUCCUUGUUGUACUUUUAAGACGUGACAGUAAGCUUAGGCCUAUUUGUUUUUUGCUCCAAAGUCUGUUUCACACAUCCUGUUGCUGCUGUUAAAAUAAAUGGGUUUCAUUUUUAUGUGAGGCUCAAUAUUAUGAGCAUAUAUGGGAUAUUGAAAUUAAGUUUAAUAUGUGUUUAUUUUAGGUUAGUAGCUAUGUUGUAUUACAGAGACUGGUCAUGUACCGCCCCACCUUUGUAAUGCGGGGGUGUUUCAUUAGCUAUAUUGAGAUUCAGUCUUUCAGUCACUGUUUCAGCACACUUUAUGGCGUGGAUUUUUUGUUUCCUUGCUUCAUGAAGUUAAUUUUGAACAAUGUUUGGCACACUUUUGAAAUAUGUUUUUUUUAUAUUAUAUUGAAAAAUGUUAAAUAAAUGAAUCUGAUUUUUGAA